GGCUGCGUUCCUCUCUCGCCUUUCGUUCUACGUCCGUUCGUUCGUUGGGUUCGUUCGCUCUCGCACUGUUCGGCUCCGGUCGUGGAAGUCGAUGCUAAGGUCGGAGUGCUGUCGCGCGAGAAGGGAGUGCCGGGCGCCUGUCUCGCCGCCCUCCCGGUCCUCCCAGUGAUCCCGAAUUUCCUCGCAAGCACACGCGCUUGCCGCUCGAGGAUGACGCUCCCGAGUCCAGUCUCGCCCGUCUGGUACGCCCGGCAUUAUUCGCGAGCGAAUACGUUAAAUCCUUAAUCGAAUCCACGAUCCGAAAAAAAAAAAAAACAAUAAAUCGAGACUUGCCCUUAGAAGAUUCGCAUUGCUUCGUUAUCGCGGAUAUUCCUGUGUGCGACAAAGUGCCUCGUCUCUCAGUGGCAGCGAGUACACAGCGAAUGCACGAAGCUCCUAUCGAUUGCCAAGUGAAUUUAAACAGGCUGCCUAUGUAAUCACAAGCAAGCAUCUCGUAGCAGUCUUCUGCUCAAUUUCCUCUUUGCCCAAUUAUACGAUAUAUCUUAUCGUAAGCGAAAGGAAUCCUCUAUUUAUGGCAAUGGACAGUCAUCUUCUCGAUUGAUCAAGUGAUAUUAAUAGGAUAUCGUCGCAUAAAACAAAUUUACGAUCUUUAAAGAUCCUGCGAAAAACGAGAGGAACAUCCUUGACAUUAUGGCGAGACGCACAAGGAGCCGGUAGUUCGUAGUUGGCAGGGAUGUCCUCGUGACAUGUUACCCCGUGACCUUGGCUGGCGCAACUACAACGUCCUCCGUGGAGAGGGUCGUCUUUUGGUGCGCGGGUCGAGCAGUAAUACGAACAGGCGAUUGGUGUCCUUUAAUCCACGCGAGAUCGAAUAUCGCCUGCUGCCGCUGGUGCAGGUCAAGCCUGACUUCGUGAUUCCAUAUGUGCUCUGCUGGAGGGUGCCAGGCGCGAUUCACCGCAUCCAGAUUAAUCCGUCAGUCAUUCAUCAUCAUCACCAGCAGCAGCAGCAGCAACAUCAACAACCGCAUCACUAUCAACAACACCGUCAGCGUCGGCGACACUUUGAAGGAGCGCCGCGGACACGUCCUGCGCCACCGCCUUCCACGGAACAUCGUUUUGCGUACGGCGCGCAGCGUGACAUCCUUGCGGAUUCUGGUAUGGAAACAAGAGUGGACCGUUUCGUAGCGAACAGAAAUGAGGACACGAGGUACAAAGCGAAUCGUUGCGUGAGCGGGAGCAUUAGCCGCGGAAACGGGGCGACUGGCGGUACCGGAGGCGGUUCAGGUACUGCAGGCGGCCGCGGCGGCGGCGGGGGAGGAAUAGACGGUGGCGUGGUGCCUACUGCACCACCGACUACCGGCCAUCACCACCACCACCAUCACCAUCAUCAUCACCUCACCACCACGACUACCACGACUACCACCACCACCACCACCUGCGGCACCAGACACCACAGGCACAAACUGCCUGCCGGCAAGCAGUGCACGGAACACCGUCACCACCCACAUCACCACCGGCAUCACCCACACCAUCGCUCCCACCACCGGGGCAUGAACAUGGGCCAAAAGAUUUCAGGCGGCGUGAAGAGCAUGAGCCGGGAGAGUGGUGCCGGAGCCGGCGGCGGGGUCGGUGUUGGCGGUGGCAACAACACGACGUACACACGAUCAGUGAUACCGCGCGAACUGGCCCAGGACUUCGCGAGGCCGCCACGCCUCGAUGUGCUUCUCGACAUGCCGCCAGCCUCGCGAGAAACACAAGUCCAUCACAGCUGGAACGCCGACGAUCGUAGUCUAAAUAUAUUCGUCAAGGAGGACGACAAGUUAACGUUUCACCGACAUCCCGUCGCGCAAAGUACAGAUUGCAUACGAGGGAAAGUGGGGUAUACCAAGGGUAUGCACGUAUGGGAGCUUUAUUGGAGCACGAGGCAACGAGGUACACAUGCCGUCGUAGGAGUAGCAACGGCGGAUGCACCUUUACAUAGUGUUGGCUACCAAAGUUUGGUAGGGAAUAACGAGCUCAGUUGGGGUUGGGAUCUUGGUAGAAAUAAACUCUAUCAUGACUCAAGAAAUAACACUGGCGUGACGUAUCCAGCCCUUCUCAAGUCCGAUGAAACGUUUAUUGUUCCUGACAAAUUUCUGGUUGUCCUCGAUAUGGACGAGGGCACGUUAGCGUUUGUAGUGGAUGGUCAGUAUCUUGGGGUAGCGUUCAGAGGACUCAAAGGAAGGAAAUUGCAUCCUAUUGUGUCCGCCGUCUGGGGACAUUGCGAGAUCACGAUGAAAUACAUCGGCGGGCUUGAUCCCGAACCUCUGCCUCUCAUGGAUCUCUGUCGAAGAGUGAUUCGACAGCGAAUCGGUAAACAUAGACUAGAAGACAAGAUCAAUGAGCUGAAUCUACCGCAGACGAUGAAGACUUAUCUUCUAUACCGGGACAGAAGGUAACCACUGAGUGAAUCUCCUCAAGAUGCCACGAUUAUGACUGCGAACAUCACCGCGUUAGAACGUUGCCACUACGACUCACAGGCGACCGUCCGCUAUCCUCUUACACGCCAAGAACAGCAACCCCUUAGCUGCGCGUCUCCGUUAAUCAAGCGCACGAUGUUGAACAGACUGACAUGCGUCAUGCGCCGACGCAUCGAGACACGCCUAGUACUUCGAGAAAAUAUGCUAAGAGAACGAUGCCGAAAUACCGAAACGUCGAAAUAUCGAUAACGACUCGAGGCGCCUUUAUUAAGACAAGUCACGAUGAUCGCAAUCCUCAUCAACGUUAUUACCAUCGCCGAUAAGUUCAACUCGAUGAAGACAAAGUUAAAAGACAAGAUGGAAAAGGCGGGGGCUUUUAACAAGAUUUAGAAAAAAAACGUUUCUAAAUUUAGUUAUUUUUUAAUGUUG